AUGUCGACCGGACCAAACUCGUUCGAUCGGCUCAUGUCGUUUCUCACGACCCUCCUCCUCACGGGCGUCGUUGUUAUCCUCGCCAUGCUCCUCGUCGAGUUCAAACGCCUGAGCAAUGACCAGGAAGGCAUCGUUGUGCGCAUCGCCAACGGCGAGUCUAUCGAGGUCGAAGGACGUCUCAGCUACCCUCUCUACAACCCGGGUCUUGAUGAGACGACACCAAACACGAUAGGAAACAACGUUGCGGGAGUUGAGGUUCAAGGAUUUUCAGCGGGUAUUGAUUAA